AAACAUUUAAUUUGAAGAAUGAAUUUUUUUUUUAGCGUUUUAACAUUAAAUCUUCAUCGGUAUUCUAAAUUCACCUGACUGUCCGCUCUGCAACUUGGCAGAGCCCAUGAAUAGGAUCCACCUCCGCCGCUGUGCUGCAUUGCAUUCCGGCUCUGAAUCGUCGCUCUAUUGGCAAGCCAGAGAACUUUUAGGGCAAUGACUUCGGUCAUUCUGUCUAGUUUAUUUAUUCACCUGUUUUGUCUUUGCAUUUGUUUUCUGUGUUAUUUCUUGUUUAUGCCCUGCCAUUGAAAAUAAAAAAACAUUAAAUCUUCAUUUAACUUAAGAAAAGGUAUUUAUACCAAAUAGUUAAAUUCGCAGGUCAAGACGGGAUAUACUAUAAUCCUGAAUAUAUUUUCGUUACAGACAUGAACUAAAUAUAAGCUGAAUAACGUUUCUCAGUAAAAUGAAAUUGAAAAAGAAUACAUAAUAUGUAUGUUAUUUUUCCUCAAGUUUCCGAGGAACAGCUUUUUAAGAUAUGGAUAGUGGGUUUAACAAAAUGUUUUUUCCAUUGUUUUAGAUUCCUUCAUUUGCCACAAAGAAAAGGAAUAAUAUUUGAUAAAAGGAUAUAAGAGGAAUCAAUAAGAAUGAAGUUUCUGGAAUCCGGAAUUGAGUAUGGAGAAUGGUAGACAUGAUAAACAUCUCGACUUUUAAAAGUUUAAUACUCUCGAUGCUGUCUGGAAUUCUCCACUCAGUUGCUGUAGCAAACUCACAACUUCUUGAAGAUCUCCAUGCUGGUCAAAUGACCACAUACCAUUUUAUAGCCAUUGCAGCAUUUUCCCUUCCAGAAACAGUUAAAAGUGCAGAAAAUAUUUUCGGACCUAAAAGUGCUCGCAUGUUCCUUCUGGCCCAAAGCAUAUGUGGUUCUAUUAGUACAUUUUUAACCUUCAUUUCUUAUGAAUAUUUACCAAUAGGAGUAUCAAUUAUCAUUCGAUCCACAAGACCAGCUUUUUUCGCUGUCGCAGCAAACAUUCUUUUAGACGAGCCUUGUGGUUUAUUACUAUACAUUACGACAACUCUCACAAUAAUUGCAAUUAUAUUUACAGCACAAGUGCCACCCUACUUGUUCGACGAUAGUUUUUCAUAUUCAAAUGAAUUUUUGUAUGGAAUUGCAGCUGCAAUAUUAUCCCUAGUGUUUACUGCGGGACAGGUAAUUAUUACUAGAAAAUUAAAAACUGUUAAUCAUGCCGUUGUCACAUUCAAUAGUAACUGGAUGUCAGCCAUUUGGACUGGAGUUUUUGCAUCAAUAUUUGGUCAUUUCAAAUGGCACGAAUGCGGUUUGCAAAAACUGUACGUGAUUCUUUUUGGCUUCGCAAGUUAUGCGUCGCAGACGUUAUUAGUUAUAGCUUUUCAGUAUGAGUUGGUCAGCCCGGUGUCAACUGUCAGAGCGGCUUCAAACAUAAUUUCAUCGCUUUUGUUACAGAUAUUUCUUUUUUGUGAUAUUCCUGACGUAUAUAGUACAAUUGGUGCAGCACUGGUAGGACUUUCAUUUCUUAUCGUUGGAAUGAAAAAAUGCAUUCCUGCUAUGCCGAAAGACUCUUAAAAAUAGUGAAAAAGAGUCAUACUUAUAAAACUGCUUCUUCAUAAAAUUCUGUAUUGAAUAAUGAUCAGUUUUAGGUUGUGUCAUUUGUUAGAUAUUCAUUAAAAUCAAUUUUUAGUAUA